GGGAGGGAGGCGGCGAGGAUCCACAAGCGCACUCCGGCUCGACUCCACUGUGAAUAACACUGGACACGCACCAAAUGAGACACGCCGGCUUCACUACCGCAAAUGAAAUGCAAAAAUGUGAUCUUGACCUGUUGCUCCGCUGGGUAGGAGAGCAACCGCUGCCGCUGCGCAGAUGACAGACUUCAUGACGGCGCUCCAUGUGAUCGUCCUUCCACUCACACACACCGGAGACCAGCGCACGAAAGGCGCCCAGUUCCAGCCGACCUGCAACCUGUGCCGAGAGAGCCACAAAACUCAGGUGUGGCUUUGUUUCUUAGUUCUGAGCCUCCUGAGUACAUCUACAUGUGCACAAGCUUUUGUGCCUGAAACUGCAGAUCUAAAGAUUUGUUUGAGGGACAUUAAAAAGACCAUUGAGAAAUCUGACGCCAUGCUGUACGCUCCUUCAGUCAACGAUAUCAAAGAUAACUGUAAAACUAUGUCACUCAAAUGUUACAUAUUGGAGUUGAUAAUGGUCAUGGAUGAGGAAGAAAUUACUGAAACUACAGCAGUAGAUUGCAUCUUCCAUUUCAAUGAGUCACUGCAACCUGAAGUUGGCUGCCCACCAUGUGAAUCAUACUCACUGAAAAAUAUUACAAUAUUCCUGGAGAGACUAAAUAAACUUUUGGAUUAUAUUACUGUUUGGCAGAUUAAUCAUAAAAUAUAAGACAAUGUAAAUACUGUAAGCUACAAAUGUGUAUUUGUAUAUAUUUGUAAAGAACUGUAUUUCUAUUUUGUAAAUACCUCACUGUAACCAUGUCACCCUGUGACAGAUCGUGCCGUCCUUACGGAAAAAUUAGACUUUGUGUAUUAUUUUACGGCUUGCACUAAAUUGACUCUGCAAUGGAGUUUGAAUGAACAGCAUGACAGCAGCUACUAUUUCUCAAGCUACUGACAGUUUUAUACAGCAGAGAUCUGCCUCCCAGUUGUACAGUUGUUGUACUAUACAGAAUGUAUGUUAUUAAACUCCUUGUUAAACACUACUGAAUAUUGUACUGUUUGUACCUAAUGAACUCCAGUAUCUGCUCACUCCAGUAAAUAUCUUAUCUGUAA